AUGCAUAACCACAAGUUUUCUGGUAGUUUAAGACUCUUACCACUUGGUGGUCAUGAUUUGGUUUUGGGAGUUGAUUGGCUGAAGCAAUUGGGAGAUAUAAUUUUUAACUUCUCCAAGUUGAGUAUUUCUUUUAGACAUAAUGGGAAGAAGAUUACACUUACUGGUACUCAAGAUAAAGCUUCUUGCAGCAUGAUGAGUUGCAAUGCAGCUACAAGAUUCUUCAAAAAACACACUCAUGGCCUGAUGGGCCACCUAUUUUCCAUCUCCUCUUCAACAAUACCUACUCCACCACCACCACCUCAAGUUUCAGAAUUAUUUAAUCAUUAUUCUGAUGUUUUUUCUGAGCCAAAAUCCCUUCCACCUCAGAGAAACCUAGACCACUCCAUUCCUCUUAAACCAAAUUCUGAACAAGUUAACAUGAGACCUUAUAAGCGUCCUUACCUUCAAAAAGAUGGAUAUCAUCAAAUAAGGUUCAUUUCUGCUGACAUCUACAAGACUGCAUUCAGAACCCAUCAUGGGCACUUUGAAUUCAAGGUGAUGCCAUUUGGACUGACAAAUGCACCUGCUACCUUCAAAGCUCUUAUGAAUGACAUAUUUAAAGCACACUUAAGGAAAUUCAUCUUAGUUUUCUUUGAUGAUAUCCUUGUGCAUAGUUCUUCCCUGGAGGAGCAUCUGUUGCACUUGCAACUUACACUGGAUAUAUUGAGACAACAUCAGCUAUUUGCCAACUUUACCAAGUUCUGCUUUGGCGAACAGGAGCUAGAAUAUUUGGGACACAUCAUCACUACUGAAUGA